AUGGCAAAAGUGAAGUCCAAAAAAGGGUCCCUAGUGGGAGCUCUUGAUACAAAAAUUUCCGACCUAAUUUAUCGUUUAUUGGAUGAAAAGACUGCUGACUUGAAAAGAGCCAAUGCACAGAAGGUUCAUGACAUCGAAACAAUAGAUGAGGGCUCGAAUGCUGAUGUUUUUGACAAUAUUUUCUUUGCCAAGGAUUUAAACCCAGGCGAAGUCUACACUUUUUGUCUAACUAAAGAUCUAUCUUUACAAAGAACGAAGAAAGUUGUCCUACAAAAGACAAUCGAACGUGUCCUAAAGAGUGCUAUCGAAGAAGAAGCUGAAGAAUUUAGUGCAUAUCCUGAGUUUUCUGCCAAGCUGGAUGAAGAAGAACAGGCAAACAUCAAUGGCGAUGCUCUGAUAGCAAAAAAUCUAAUGAUUGCUGCAGAUACAAAUGAUAUGAAUAAAAGCAUCACAAGUCAAUGGGCUGCAAAACAAGAAAAAAGUGUAGAGCCUACUCCAGUUCCUGAUGGUACAAUCACAGAAGAACACACUCCCAAAUCAAAGAAAAGAUCCAAGGAAGGACCUAGUAAGACAAAGAGACAAAAAACCAAAGCUGAUAGAACCCCACCUUCAUCUGAUUUGAACUCGUUAGGUGGUAUGGACGAUGUCAUAGCCCAACUAAUGGAAUUGAUAGGCCUGCCCAUUUUGCAUCCCGAGAUUUAUUUAUCCACAGGUGUUGAGCCACCUAGAGGGGUACUGCUCCAUGGGCCACCAGGUUGUGGUAAGACUUCAAUUGCCAAUGCCCUUGCAGGUGAAUUAAAAGUUCCAUUUAUCUCGAUUUCGGCUCCAUCUGUAGUAAGUGGAAUGUCUGGUGAAAGUGAAAAGAAACUUAGGGAAUUGUUUGAAGAGGCCAAGUCGUUGGCUCCAUGCCUAAUGUUUUUCGAUGAAAUCGAUGCCAUUACACCAAAACGUGAUGGGGGUGCCCAAAGAGAAAUGGAAAGGAGAAUUGUAGCACAACUCUUGACCUCCAUGGAUGAAUUAUCAAUGGAGCAAACAGGUGGGAAACCUGUUAUUGUUAUUGGAGCAACAAAUAGACCCGAUUCCUUAGACGCAGCCUUGAGGAGAGCAGGGAGGUUCGAUAGAGAAAUUUGUUUGAAUGUCCCUAAUGAAGUUUCCAGAUUACAUAUUCUUAAGAAAAUGUCUAAUAAUUUGAAGAUCGACGGUGAAAUCGACUUCCUAAAAUUAGCAAAACUAACUCCUGGGUUUGUUGGUGCGGACCUAAAGGCUCUAACUACCGCUGCAGGUACUUGCGCUAUAAAAAGAAUCUUCCAAACGUAUUCUACUUUGACUUCCAAUGAUUCCAAUACUGUUGAAUUUUCUAGCGAAGACCAAAUGGAUAUCGAUCAAAAUGAAUCACCGGUGCCCACAGAAACAGGUCAACAGAAUGACUCUCUCAUAAAUGAACAAAGUUUGAAGAACACAGCUAACAUGAUUGAUCCACUUCCAUUGUCAAUUAUUCAAAAAUUUAUACAAAACUUCCCAGAACCGCUAAAUGAUGAACAGUUAGCCCAAUUAUCAAUCAAAUACGAGGACUUCUUAAAAGCUCUUCCUACAAUUCAACCAACGGCUAAGAGAGAAGGGUUUGCGACUGUUCCAGACGUUACUUGGGCUAAUGUUGGUGCCUUGGGUAAGGUCCGUGUUGAAUUGAAUAUGGCUAUUGUACAACCUAUCAAGAGACCAGAACUAUAUGAAAAAGUGGGUAUUAAUGCACCUGCAGGUGUUUUAUUAUGGGGGCCACCAGGUUGUGGUAAGACUUUACUAGCUAAAGCGGUAGCGAAUGAAUCUAGAGCAAACUUUAUUUCUAUCAAGGGUCCCGAAUUAUUAAAUAAAUAUGUUGGUGAAUCGGAAAGAGCGAUUAGACAAGUGUUUACACGUGCUAGGGCAUCGGUACCCUGUGUGAUAUUCUUUGAUGAAUUGGAUGCUCUUGUGCCAAGGAGAGAUACUUCGUUAUCUGAAUCUUCAUCUAGAGUUGUUAACACACUACUGACAGAAUUAGAUGGUUUGAAUGAUAGACGUGGGAUUUUUGUUGUAGCGGCUACUAAUAGACCUGAUAUGAUUGAUCCUGCAAUGUUAAGGCCAGGCAGAUUGGAUAAAACAAUUUUUAUCGAGCUACCGAACUAUGAAGAGAAAGUUGAUAUUAUUACAACUGUUUCUAGAUCAAGUGGUACUCCAUUGGCUGAAGGUGUUGAUUUUAGAAAAAUUAUACAAGACGAACGUUGUAGAAAUUUCUCUGGGGCCGACUUGGCAGCACUGGUUAGAGAAAGUUCUGUGUUAGCGCUUAAAAGAAGCUUCUUUAAGACAGAUGAUAUACAAUCUGUUGGAGAUAACAAUCUGGAUAAAGAGUUUGAAGAUUUAACUGUUGGAGCGUUAGAUGAACAAGUCUUGGUAACAGCUAAUGAUUUCAAUAGGGCAUUACAAAAAAUAAAACCUUCAGUGAGUGAUAAGGACAGGGCAAAAUAUGACAAACUAAAUAGAAAAAUGGGAUGGAAUGAUGAUGUCGAGUUGAAAGAAGAUGAAGGUAUAUCGACGAAUUAA